AUGGCUGCCGUCGCUCAUAUUGCCAAUGGUCUCUGGGCCAACGCUGCCAAUGGUCUGGCCAACAUCGGUGCUACCGCCGGCGCCGCCGGUGCCGCCGCCGUCCUUCAUGGCAGCAAACUCCGUGGCCUACACAUCCCGACUUCGCCAGUCGGCCUUCUCAUGUUCUUUGGCUUCAUCGCUGUCUCCUUCGUCGUCAUGGCCAACACUCCGCCAGUCGAUCAUGGAGGUCAACGGUACUAUCGCACUACUGGUCUAUCCGUGUACUUCAAGGCAGAGAAUACCGUCGUUGCUUUCCCUCUUCCCAACGAUGUCGCUCAGCGCGGUUUUGGCGAUGGGAAGACACAAGGGAUGAAGAAGGGCGACCCCAUCGUUUUGCCGGCCAGCAUCCUAGCGGUCGAUAUUCAAAGUCUCGCCAAAGUCAUGAAACAUGCCCGCCGCAAUGACUGUGGUAGCGUAACGCUCAAGGAAUGGGACUCCAUUCUAAAGCUGACCGACAUCGAUACGCAAUUCGACUUCGACAACCUCGGCGAGAACCUGCGUCAACUCGCGAUCCUGUCUGUUAAUCUACUCGCUCUAAGAGGCCAGAUAUCUACCGCAGAGCUCUGGGAUCUCGGUCGGCGUCACUCGGUGGCUCGAUGGAUUGCAUGCUCGUGCGAGAAACUCGCGAGGCGCGACGAGUAUCUCACGGGCGAGGAGAUCGAUAAGAUAGGAGGCGAGGCUGCGUCUGUCGUGAUGCGGAUACAGAACGCGAGCCGCGACUGGCUGCAGCGUCAGCCGUCCAUCCCUGGACAUGGUCGGCAGGAUUACCCGGACUUUUGGUACGACGCAAGGACUAUCUUGGUGGGCGAGCUUGAGAAGGACAAGACGUAUUAUCUGAUGCCCCUCGAGUUUUCUCCUUGCGCCCAGGACUCCUAA